CGGGGAACGGGUCGAGACCUCGGGGGGUCGACGCCACGAAAAAGUCAUGUCGUCGGGGGUCUGGGCCCAGAGGUCUCGACCCCUUCCCAGGCACCGGCUGCUCGUCCCGAGCCGUUUGGUUGCCAGUCCCCCGGCCCAGGCAGAGAGGGCCCCCAGGGACAGAGCAUGGCGAGGAGCCUCCCGGCGUGACUUUGCAGGGCCGUCUCCCCCGGAGCCCCCGGCGGGCCUCCGCUGGGCGCUGGCGGCGGGCCCGCUGCCGUCCCCCGAGGCGGCGGGGCGGCGACCCCCUCCGCGGUGACCUCCCUCCCCAGGCGUGCGAACGUCUUGCUUCGUUUUCCCUGCGCGGCCCCCCGGAAGCGCCGACCCUCUCCCCAGACCCCCGACGUCAUGAUUUUUUCAUGACGUCGACCCCCCGAGUUUGUAUGCUUAUGCCACGUAUUGCUCCCCUACUAGUCGACGCAGGUCGUGGUACUGGUCCAUGCUGGCCGUCGCCGACUCGCGCUACUCGGCUCGACGCUCAUCGACGCUGAAGCGACACAACCGCGAGGGUACGCCAGGCUCCGAUGCUUUGCUGCCGAAGCUAUUCGUCUCCCUUCCCCCAGGGCCGGUUUUCCAGCCCGAGUCGUUUGCUGACGGCCCCGAGGCCCCGCGAGGGUUCUCCGCAGGCCGGACCUGGCCCCCCCCUCCCCCCCCGCCGUGAUAUCUUAGCACGGCGCGCGCACGUCCGGGCCGUGGCGCUGCCUGGGCAGAUUGCGCUCCGAGCGGACACCCCGGUCUUCGCCGUGGACUACCGCAAGCCCCCGGACUUCGCCUUCCCGGCCCCGGGCGAGGACGUGCUGCACGCCUACGGCGCGCUGCGGGGCGGCCGGCGCGCCGAGCAGGUGUUCCUGGGGGGGGACACGCCGGGGGGAACCUGGCCCUCGCAGCCGCGAGGGGGCUCGCGGGCCUGGGCGGCCGCGCCCCAGAUGGGCUGGUCUUGCUGUCGCCCUGGGUGGACCUGUCUCGGGGGCGUCCAGCUCGGACUCUUGGCGCAGGAACCGCGACAUCGAUUUCAUCUGCCAGCCUCAGGCGGAGAGCCUUGCGCGGAUCUACUCUCCGAGCGUAGACCUGACGGACGUGCGAGUCUCUCCUGGCCUCGAGACGAGGUGGCGAAGUUGGUGCCCUCCGACGCUCUUGGACUACGGCGGCUGCGAGAGCUUCCACUCACAGAUUGAGCUCAUGAUCGCGUCAAUGAUCAAGGACGGGGUGGAUGUGGACGCCCUGGAGGCAGACGGUAUGGUGCAUUGUUAUCCCCUGAUGGACUUCCUCUGGGGCUCAGACCCCGGGCCCUUCGAGGCGUACUUCGCCCGUGUUGCUCGAUUCCUCCGCCGGUAGACAACAGUUCUCGUUACAUUCUCUUCAUCACUUCUCCCAGUUGUUCUUUGUGCUUGCUGCAGCUCGAGAUCCGCAGGCAGGGGGUGUCCUGAUCAGCCUCUGCGUGCACUCGAUGAUGGGGAUCUCGGUGGAGUCGAUUGUUCUUGUUGAUGUACGUAAGAGGAUCGUAUACAGGUUCAGUCGAAUGAUGCCUUUUACUCCAAGCUUUGAGCGGCGUUGCCGGCAGGUGCUGCGAACGCCCCGCACAUUUGGGAAAGGCGCCACGGAGAGAAAAA